AUGUACGAUGAAGGAUCACAAUCGGGGCGCCCUAAUAAGACCAACAGUGGAGACAAGUUUGGUGGAGUAAACGAUCAGAAGCCGGGAUCCCCGAUCCAAACCUCAGCAUCUCCGGAUCCGUACACGACCAUGGUUUCCUUCCCACGGUGGACCACCCACCCCAUCCCUGGCGUAUCGCUCUCGGCCGGUGGUCUCCUAGCUCUCGCCGACCUCAGCACUGUUGCCCAGCGCACCGCCAUCACCGGCGGCUCCAGCUGGCUCGACAGCCUGCUCCUUGCUCCGGGUCUACACUACCAGCAAGCUGCCGAUGAACUCGCCAAGUGGUCCGCAUCCAGCGCUACCGCCAUUGUCGAUGCCGGGGCUGGCGCGGAGCCCGGGGCUAGUUUAACCAGAGGAAACGGCAGCGAAGAAACUAGGAGUUUGGCGCCGACGACCUUCCGCAUCAACAAUGCUGCCACGUUAUUGUACCUUCAAAAGAUUGCUCGCCCAGGACAAACGGUCACUUUGGACGUUGGCACUAUUCCGGCUAUCAGACAGCGGUUACGCAUCAGGAGGUCGGAGAGCGGCUUGCAUGCCACGAUUUGGGCGGAGGAUGACUUGCCUGAUCUGGGCUGGUUGUCGCAUCGCUCCAAACCCCGUCCCAUUCCUUUUCCUCCGUUCCCCUUCCACCCUUUCCACUCCUGUCCAUCCUCAGGUUCAGACCACCACGAACCCAACCCCAUAACCUCCCUCCUCAUUUCUCUCGGCUCCGACUUUCCCAGCCACCCCUCCACCUGCUCCAUCCGCCUCCGAGGGCUCUCAGAAGACCUCUACGCUAUAACCGCCACCGCCUGGCUACGCGCCAAGACCCACGUGGAGGGCUACCUCGAAGCGACGGCAAAGGUUCUGGUGUACAUGGUCGCUGCUUUCUCAGGAAACAUGACGCAGGUCGGGGCGAUGAUCAUGAUGGUCUUGUUGCUGGCUACGGCGGGAUUAUUGGCGUUGAGUAAUGCCAAUGCGAAGAUGUUUAGGGUUAAUGGACGGGUGGUAGUGGGGGAGGGGGAGAGGGUACUUUUGGGGGGAGAGGAAACCGGUGAUGGGAAAGGGAAAGGUAAAGGUAAAGGGAUGACGGCUGGUGGUGGUGAGGUGCUGCAACGGCAACGGCGGAGGACGGGUGGGUUGGGGCCGGGGGUGUAUCCUGUUGCGGGUGAAGGGGAUGGAGCUGUUGGAUAUGGGAAUGGGAAGGGCAAUGUGAUUGAUGCGUGGCCAAGCACAAGUGACACGGAAGGAAGGGGUUCUGCUGCUUCUGAUCCUAAUUGGGCUGAAAAGGGCCAGGCUGGUGGUGGUGAUUAUGGUGGCAUGUGACUGGUUUCCGGUGAGACUCGGGCGUUUCAUCAUGACAACUGUUUAUAUCUGUUAAGCGUGGCGUUUU